AUGUGUCGAAUGUUGAUAUUCAGAGGGCACUGCACAGGCUGUGAUUCUCUUCAGACCUGGGUCGACUUGACACAAGAGCUCAACUGUCUCGAUGCCAAAAACAUGGGAUGGUUCGGCGGAUGUCAGCGUGGUAUUCUGGUAGAAGAGCAUAGCUUCAACCAGGAAUGCUCCGUAUGCCGCGAAGUAGAUGAGGGCGUUGGUCUGGAUGACAAUCAUCUGAUAAUGUUUCAGCAGCCGUCUUACACCCAAAACAGCCUGGGUAAAAGAAGUCCCACCAAUGAAGGAGGUUCGAGCUCGAGUUCAGGCGGUAAUCACAAGAGGCAAAGGAUUUGA